UUGCCCGCGCGCCCCAGGAGCCAAAGCCGGGCUCCAAGUCGGCGCCCCACGUCGAGGCUCCGCCGCAGCCUCCGGAGUUGGCCGCAGACAAGAAGGGGAGGGAGAAGGAGAGGGAGGAGAACGCCGGAGCCAGAGGGCCGAGCGCCAUGCGCCGCGCCAGCAGAGACUACACCAAGUACCUGCGUGGCUCGGAAGAGAUGGGCGGCGGCCCCGGAGCCCCGCACGAGGGCCCCCUGCACGCCCCGCCGCCGCCUGCGCCGCAUCAGCCCCCCGCCGCCUCCCGCUCCAUGUUCGUGGCCCUCCUUGGGCUGGGGCUGGGCCAGGUCGUCUGCAGCGUCGCCCUGUUCCUCUACUUCAGAGCGCAGAUGGAUCCUAAUAGAAUAUCAGAAGAUGGCACUCACUGCAUUUAUAGAAUUUUGAGACUCCAUGAAAGUACAGAUUUUCAAGACACAACUCUGGAGAGUCAAGAUACAAAAUUAAUACCUGAUUCAUGUAGGAGAAUUAAACAGGCCUUUCAAGGAGCUGUGCAAAAGGAAUUACAACAUAUCGUUGGAUCACAGCACAUCAGAGCAGAGAAAGCGAUGGUGGAUGGUUCAUGGUUAGACCUGGCCAAGAGGAGCAAGCUUGAAGCUCAGCCUUUUGCUCAUCUCACUAUUAAUGCCACUGACAUCCCAACUGGUUCCCAUAAAGUGAGUCUGUCCUCUUGGUACCAUGAUCGGGGUUGGGCCAAGAUCUCCAACAUGACUUUUAGCAAUGGAAAACUAAUAGUUAAUCAGGAUGGCUUUUAUUACCUGUAUGCCAACAUUUGCUUUCGACAUCAUGAAACUUCGGGAGACCUAGCUACAGAGUAUCUUCAGCUGAUGGUGUACGUCACUAAAACCAGCAUCAAAAUCCCAAGUUCUCAUACCCUGAUGAAAGGAGGAAGCACCAAAUAUUGGUCAGGGAAUUCUGAAUUCCAUUUUUAUUCUAUAAACGUUGGUGGAUUUUUUAAGUUACGGUCUGGUGAGGAAAUCAGCGUCGAGGUCUCCAACCCCUCCCUACUGGAUCCGGAUCAGGAUGCAACAUACUUUGGGGCUUUUAAAGUUCGAGAUAUAGAUUGAGCCCCAGUUUUUGGAGUGUUAUGUAUUUCCUGGAUGUUUGGAAACAUUUUUUUAAACAAGCCAAGAAAGAUGUAUAUAGGUGUGUGAGACUACUAAGAGGCAUGGCCCCAACGGUUCGAGACUCAGUAUCCAUGCUCUUGACCUUGUAGAGAACACUCAUAUUUACAGCCAGUGGGAGAUGUUAGACUCAUGGUGUGUUACACAAUGGUUUUUAAAUUUUGUAAUGAAUUCCUAGAAUUAAACCAGAUUGGAGCAAUUACGGAUUGACCUUAUGAGAAACUGCAUGUGGGCUAUGGGAGGGGUUAGUCCCUGGUCACGUGCCCCUACGCAGCUGAAAUGGAGAGGGUGUCAUCUAGCACAAUUGAAGGAUCAUCUGAAGGGGUAAAUUCUUUUGAAUUGUUACAUCAUGCUGGAACCUGCAAAAAAUACUUUUUCUAAUGAGGAGAGAAAGAUAUAUGUAUUUUUAUAUAAUAUCUAAAGUUAUAUUUCAGAUGUAAUGUUUUCUUUGCAAAGUAUUGUAAAUUAUAUUUGUGCUAUAGUAUUUGAUUCAAAAUAUUUAAAAAUGUCUUGCUGUUGACAUAUUUAAUGUUUUAAAUGUACAGACAUAUUUAACUGGUGCACUUUGUAAAUCCCCUGGGGAAAACUUGCAGCUAAGGAGGGAAAAAAAAAAUGUUGUUUCCUAAUAUCAAAUGCAGUAUAUUUCUUCAUUCCUUUUAAGUUAAUAGAUUUUUCAGACUUGUCAAGCCUGUGCAAAAAAAUUAAAAUGGAUGCCUUGAAUAAUAAGCAGGAUGUUGGCCACCAGGUGCCUUUCAAAUUUAGAAACUAAUUGACUUUAGAAAGCUGACAUUGCCAAAAAGGAUACAUAAUGGGCUACUGAAAUCUGUCAAGAGUAUUUAUAUAAUUGUUGAACAGGUGUUUUUCUACAAGUGCUGCAAAUUGUACAUUUUUUUUUUCAAAAUAGAAAAGUUAUUAGUGGUUUAUCAGCAAAAAAUCCAAUUUUAAUUUAGUAAAUGUUAUUUUAUACUGUACAAUAAAAAUAUUGCCUUUGAAUGUUAAUUUUUUUGGUACAAAAAUAAAUUUAUAUGAAAA